GAAAAUGAAAGGAAGAAACAAAGCUGUAUUUACUCAUACGUAUGUACAGUACAAAUAAGAGACCAGAAGGUGUUUAUUUAAGAUUGUUCCAGAGUAUUUUAUUUUCUCCUUUGUCAAAUAAAUGAUGUAUUGCUCAUUGCCAAGCAAAGAAGACUAUAACAGACAUGAAUUAGCAGUCAUUUUCAAGCAAUAGGAUCCGAAUCAAAAUGGGAAAUCCCAGAGACAACAAAUACUAGCUGAUCACUCGAGAGAAAGAAUUCAGACUAAUUGCAAAUCAACAAGAAAACAUGGAGAAACGUGUUCUCAGAUCACUGAACUGAAUUGAAAAAUGAAAUUAUCAGCAUACCGUUUUGCUUGGACUGUUUUUGGAAUACUGACAUAUAUAUUAGACAUUGGUGCAGAUAUAUGGGUGGCUUUUCAGUAUUUUGACAAGGGUCACUAUUCCUGGUUUGCACUGACUCUUGUAUUUGUGUUAAUUGCAACAGUAACCAUUCAAAUAUUCAGUCUCUCUUGGUUCAAAGAUGAUCCCCCGGAGUCUUCAGACACUCGCAGGUGCUCCCCGCGGCAGAUUACCGUAGUGCAUUUAUUUCAGAUGGGGAUUUUUAUAAGGUACAAGGACGUACUUCGUAAGGGAUUCAAGGCAGUUUAUCGGUCCAGCCAGGAUGUAUGUGAUUUAUUCAACAUAGUAGCUGACUUGAGUAUGUUAAGACUGUUCGAGACUUUCCUGGAGAGUACCCCUCAACUCAUAUUGCAGAUCUUCAUCAUACUAGAGCACAAAGAAAGGCUUUCCAUUCAGUAUGUUACCAUCCUAACAUCAUUCCUGACUAUUGCCUGGGCAACUGUUGACUACCAGAGGUGUUUGCGAAGAUCCUUGAAAAUGGAGGAAAUCGUUUUUGGGUUACCAACAGUUGUAUAUCUGCUCUACAAGUUAUUCACAAUAACCUCCCGGGUACUAAGCAUAGUCCUCCUGACCAUUGUAAAUGUCUACUUCACUUUAGCAUUGGUUGCUGUAGUGUGGCUGUUUGGUACAAUUUGGGCCUUCAGACAACAAACAAAUUUCUGUAAAUCAAAAUAUCUGGAAAUGUAUUACAGGGCUGUGGUUGGGGUUAUACUAGUUUUUACCUUUUUCAAUAUAAAAGGCCAAAAUACACAAGUUCCAAUGGCAGUGUAUUAUAUACUGUAUGUCCUGCAGACAGCAUGUAUACUUAUUUUGUUUUGGUGUGUGAAGCCUUCACUUACAGAAGUCUUUUUGAUUGUCACCAUAACCAUAACUGUUACAAUUAUACUGGGACUAAUCUGUCUUGUACUAUAUUAUCUCUAUUUACACCCAAAAAAACAUGUUCCAAAUGUAGCUGAUGAAAUUGAUGGAUUGGAAGCUGGACCAACCAGGGAACAAUCUUCUCGAAUAAGUCGUUUCUUACAGCAAUAAGACUUGUUUUGGACUUUGCUAUCGCUCACAAACCAGAUCUGUGAACUGAACCCACAUGGAAAACCUUUUUCUACAUCUACUUAUAUUCACUUUAUACAGCUGAAAUUCACCAGGGUAUAGUUAAUAACUGAAAUUAUUUUGAUUAUGAUGUUCUGAUUUUACUGUGUAUUAAAUACGUCUGCCUUUAUGUUUAUAGCAGCUAUGAGAAAUGCUAUUUUUGUCUGUUAAUUUAUACUUGACAUUUUAAAACUAAUAUGUAUAUGGGAUUAAAUGUUGUUUGUUAUUUACAAAUAAAUAGCCUGUGUUAUGAGAGCUGAAAGGCAAAAGUACAACGCUGAAAAGCAGCAGUACAACGCUUACACAAAGAAACACUGUUAUCAGAUUGUUCUCCUUGGUUUGUAUUUUGAUCUGCUACAUACAUUGUUCAGCAGUAGGUGGUUAUGAAGUUGCCAGUUUGUGGAAGGAAUACAGUUGCAUCCAUGGUGAGACUGUCUGUGUAGUGUUUACUUUUUACAAGUAAUACUGUACAUAAUAUCAAAUAACUCCUGUUAAAUUGACCUUGCUUUGUAAAAAAUUAAAAUGUAUUCAGAAUAUGUCUUACAUGUAAAGAUACCGAUAGAAGGUAUCAAGUACACAGUCCUCGACCAAGUGUUUUCCGAACUGUUGUUUGAGGGGUAAUGCAAGUUCAAAAUUUGCAAUUACAAAGAGUGCUCGCUAGGUGGCACCAAUGUUAUAGAAUAAUCUGAUAUUCUGGACUGAACUGAAAACCUACUUUACAUUCUUGUUGAAAAAAACAAACAAACAAAAAACCCUGUAUAAAUCCAUUUGUACAGAAGGUGCAGUAUUUUUUUGGUGGACCAGUAUCAGUUUCUACAAAUUGGUUUUUUUUUUUCUGGUAUAAUUAACAUAA